GGGGAAGCGAGUAGAGCUAUCUGAUAAUGAAAUAAAGGAAACUGAAAGCAUGAAGAAAAAGAGGAGACGAAUCAAGCUUCCUCAGUCUGAUAGCAGUGACGAUGAAGUCUUUCCAGACUCCCCUGGGCCUUAUGAAGCUGAGUCACCAUCCCCACCUCCUCCUGUAUCUCCACCUCCUGAUCCAGUGCCAAAGACUGAGCCUGAGCCUCCACCUCCUGUCAAGAGCAUAAGUGGAGAAAACAAAAGAAAACGAAAGCGUGUACUGAAAUCUAAAACCUUUGUGGAUGACGAAGGCUGCAUAGUUACUGAAAAAGUCUACACAAGUGAGUCUUGCUCAGAUAGUGAAGAAGAGCUUAGGAUGAAGACAUCUUUUGCUCCCAGACCUGCUGCCAUGACUGUGAAAAAAGAGCCCAAAGAGGAACGGAAGGGCACCAAGAAAGUGACUACUGCUCUGAGCAAAGCCAACAGACAAGUGUCUAUUACUGGCUUCUUCCAGAAGAAAUAAACUGCCAUCUCUGGCAAGUCAGAGACUUGGAGUGGUCAAAGGAGAAGACCAAGAAGUAUAGACUCUCACUUACUGUGUAAGUUCAUCUAGCUCCUCGCCUCACCUGUUAUCAAGACUGUUCGUCCAUCCUGUGAGGCUUAUACUGUUUCUGGUUUUUAACCAAAAGGGAAUCACCUGGAGGCAGGAAGCAAAAGUAUUUAAAAAGCUGUUACCUUGUAAAGACAUUUUUAAAGCACAAUCUCUGACCUGUCUAGGAGAAGAAUUCACUCCAAAAUUAAAUUGGAACAGGUUUUAGAACUAACUGCUGUGCCCCCCUCACCUACUAUAUCCUGAACCUCAUAUGCCUCAGGAAGGCGCUCGUAUUCUGAGAACAUGUGUGUAUGUUUUUUUCUUCCCUGACUCUGCAGGAUGUGUUUGCCACUCACUCUCCAAUCCUCCUUUACCCACCACCAUACUUUUGUCCUCUAACCUCAUAAAACUGUUUUCUGUAAGUCUUUUCAAUCUUGGUUGGACUAAAAGCUGAAACAGAAAUCUUCCUGUAAUUUUUUCCUCCAUUUUAUGGUACACUGACAUCUGGCUGCAGACCACGAUAUUGGUUGUGUUCUGCCCCCUUCACAAAAGUUGUCUAGCCCUUCGCUUGCAAUUAGUGUCAGGGAACAGCCUCAGGCAGAAUGCAAAUAGAAAUUUGGUGAUGUAUCCAACUCCAUCAGCAAUUACUUAGAAUCAGUAUGGAUGAUAUUACAGGAGUUGUCAUGUUGCUGACACAGGGUGUGCUAUAUUUUGUGCUGUUUGUGAUUUUUUGCUCCUUUACCUUUCCAUUCUCAAUAUGAAGAGUGAAAUCUGUACAAUGACAUGAAGACUAAAAAGAGAGCUUCUUCCUACGUACAGUGUACAACAAUUACAUGGAAUUUCUCCCUCUCGAGGAAAUGGGACCUUCAGAAACAGUUUCCCAGGAAGUUAAUGAAAGACCCAUUCAUACACAAAUGUCAUUCCUCUCUAUUUUCAACUCCCCAUUAUAAAGAUGCGGCUGAGUGGUUAGUAGAUCUAAACAGUAAAUAAAACUUUUGCUUUUGUACUUAUGGAAAUCAUCUAUUCCAAUUAUGUCUUUCAAGUACCUUCUAUUAUGGCUAGGCAGGCAAUGAGACCAGUGGAUUGAGGUGGCAUUGCAGGGGUCUUGCAUGGUGAGCUCUGGGGAGGGGAAUAUGGACUUGACUGCUGAUGUGACUCACUCAUGGCAGAAAAACGGUGUCUGGCCUGCUCCUUCUGCCUCGGUUGGCCUAUGUCAUAAGCAAUGUAGUCAACCAUCUACUGGUGAAGGUUAGGAUUGUGACUGACCUUGGGAUUAACACGAGCUUCUUUAGCAACCAGACAUGGACUAGAUUAAGACCAGCAGUUU